CAGGCCUCCAGUUCACUUACAACAAGCCAUAUCUCCCUUCCUUGGUCCCAUCCAGCUUCAUCUCCCUGCAAGCUUUUUCUAGAAAGGAGAUGGCCCUCUCUCUCAGGCAAUUAAAGAACCACAAUAUAACUCAUAGUUUCGCACGUAUCGGUAGAUGCAUCCGGGAGCUCCUCGCGUUCUUGUAUCGCUUUUUCGCCUUUGGUGUAACCCCAUUCUGGAUCCAGCUAUGUUAUUUUGUUUCCCUUGCCUUGUUGGGUUCUCUAGCUAUGAUGCUACUUAAGCCGGAUAACCCCGCCUUCACUCCCAGGUACGUCGACAUGUUGUUCAUGUCGGUGUCUGCCCUCACGGUUUCAGGUCUGGGAGCUGUCGAAAUGGAGAACCUCUCGAGUUCUCAAAUCGCUGUCCUCGCUCUUUUGAUGUUCUUAGGUGGGAAUGUUUUAGUUUCUUUGCUAGGCCUUCUAUUUAGAAGAUCUCAGUGUAAUAACAGAUCAGAGAUUGUCAGUAACAGAGUUGAUGCGAUUGGUAUUGAACUUGACUCCAUGAACUACCCCGCAAACACCUUAGAUACCAUCGAAUUAGGUCAAGAUGUUGUCGGUUCAUCAGAGACUUCCAUAACCGAUGGUAAGUAUUUGAUGUUAAGUUGCAUAAGAUAUUUGGGAUUUGUGGUGUUGGGUUUUGUUGUUGUGUUUCAUGUAGUGGGUUGUUUGGCGAUCUUUUUGUACAUAAUUCUUGUUUCAAGUGCCAGAAACGUUUUGAAGAGAAAGGGCAGGGGUAUCAACUUUUUCCUCUUCUCCAUAUUCACAACUAUUUCUUCUUUUGCAAAUGGGGGCCUGAUACCGACGAAUGAGAACAUGUUAAUUUUCAAUAACAAUCCAGGUCUCUACCUGAUAAUUAUUCCUCAAAUUCUUGCGGGCAAUUUGCUGUUCCCUCUGUGUCUGAGAUUGGUGAUAUGGGCUUUGAGGAGAUUCACCAAAGCUGAGGAGUUCAACUACAUGUUGAAGAAUCCAUCAGCAAUACAGUUUGGUGAUCUGCGCCCAAAAUUUCAGACUGCCUUCUUGUCCCUCACAUGUAUUGGAUUUAUAGCAGCUAUGGUUGCACUCUUUUGCUCCAUGGACUGGACAUCAGCAGUGUUUCAUGGGCUCAAUUCCUAUGAGAAGAUUGUUGGUGCAUUAUUCAUGGCAGUGAACUCCAGGCAUGCCGGCGAGAACUCCAUCGACAUCUCCCUUGCCUCCCCAUCAGUUAUUGUGCUAUUCAUUCUUAUGAUGUGCCUUCCACCUUCCGUAUCCUUUCUACCCUUUCAAGAGGAUGAGUCAAGCUCUGCAGGAGAUAAAAAGGAAGACAAGAAAAGGUGGUCACCAGUGGAAAACUUAUUAUUGUCACAAAUAUCCAGCAUUGUCGUCUUCAUCAUCAUAAUCUGCGUCACGGAGAGCAAAAAUCUGACCAGAGAUCCACUCAACUUCUCAACUUUGAAUGUAAUCUUUGAAGUGACUAGUGGAUACGGGAAUGUGGGGCUGUCGAUGGGCUACAGCUGUUCGCGCUUUCUACGGCUACAUCCUGAUGCGGACUGUCAGGACGGAUCAUAUAGUUUUUCUGGGGCGUGGAGUGAUGAGGGUAAGUUGAUAUUGGCCAUCGUCAUGCUCUGUGGAAGGCUCAAGAAUUUCACAAAGGAAAAUGGUAAAGCUUGGAAGCUACUAUAA